UAGUGAUUUUCAAGUUAAUCGAUAAUUCCUUGCGCACAUCUCUAUCACAAUAUAUAUUACGGCUUUAAAGUGCACUGGUUGAAAAAUGAUUGGGAAUAUGAAAACUUUUCGGAAUAUUUUGGCAACUGGAAGAGCAAUUCAAUCUCUAAAAUGCAACACACAAGUUAUUAAUAGAAAAAGUCAUGCUGUUUCCUAUCGGAGUGCUCCUCCACCUCAUUCCAAAGCAACUAAAAUUGGAGCGGUUGUAGUCGGCGGGACUAUGUGGUGGUGGGUUAUUUGGCAUCUGUGGCAUGAACCAGAUCAUAUUACUGGGGAGUUUGAUUACCCGGAUGCUGCAAAAUGGACAAACAUUCAAUUGGGUAUCCCUCGCGAUGUGUGAAGUAGGGUAUAAUUGAAUUCAAUAAGUAGCAAUAAAAACUAUAGAUUGAGCUUAAAAUAACGUCUGCGGCAAUCCAAUUGUAGUAUUUGUUUCCCCUCAAACAAAAAUGAGAACUUUUUGAAGUGUUUGUUUAGAACGGCAAGAUUCACUGCCCUUCAUUUUUUUUCUUUUAUACAAUAAUAAUCAAGUUAAAAUUACACACAAGAAAUUUCCAUGAAUUUGAAA